AUGGCAACUGAUCAUGAUCAAGCUGGAGACUGCCCUGAUGAUGUAGAAUCGGUAGAGGAGGAGGAACUUAAUCAGGAAAUUUCUAGACAAAUCGAAAAUUUUCCACAUGUAUAUGCAGCUCUUAGAAGUGAAAAAAAUUCUGAAAUUCUUGCGCUUUUGCCACUCUCAGUUCCAAUACUUAAGUCAAGAGAAUUUAUUCUACAAUUCUAUUUCUCUGCCAAUCAAUACUUUACUAAUACAGUCUAAACUGAAGAAUAUUAAAUGAAAUGUGCUCCAGAUGUGGAUGAUCCAUUAAGCUUUGAGGGCCCUGAAAUAUUCUUAUGUGCAGGUUGUACAAUAAACUUGAGCAAAGGCAAAAUUAUCACUGUGAAAACCGUCAAGAAGAAAGAAAAACAUGAAAGUAGAGGUGUAAUACGUACAGUUACCAUAGCUUUCGAAAAUGAUUCCUUUUUCAACUUCCUAAUUCCUCCAGCCAUUCUCGAAGAUACGAAAGAAGAUGUAGAUGAAGAAUUGAAAAAUUUACUCACAAUAAAUUUCGAGAUUGGUCACUACAUAAGAGAGAGAAUUGUACCCCGAGCGGUGCUUUUCUUCACAGGAGAAGUUUGUGAAGAUGAGGAUGAGUUUGAAAAAGAGGAUGACGAUGAAGAUAAUGAGGAUUCAGAUAAUAAAGAUCAAAAUUGUAAACAACAAUAG